AUGAAACGAGUACGUACAGAGCAGAUUCAGAUGGCAGUGUCCUGCUACCUCAAACGCCGACAAUUCAUGGAUUCCGAAGGUCCACUCAAACAAGGAUUGAGAUUAACACAGACUUCUGAAGAGAUGGCAGCUAAUCUCACAGUCCAGUCAGAGUCCAGUUGUGCCAACAUAGUGUCUGCAGCCCCUUGCCAGGCAGAGCCCCAACAAUAUGAAGUACAGUUUGGACGGCUACGGAAUUUCCUCACUGAUUCUGAUUCCCAGCACAGCCACGAAGUGAUGCCUCUCCUCUAUCCUCUCUUUGUCUACCUCCAUCUCAGUCUGGUCCAGAACAGUCCGAAGAGCACAGUGGAGAGUUUUUACAGUCGCUUCCAUGGGAUGUUCUUACAGAAUGCGAGCCAGAAGGAGGUCAUUGAACAGCUGCAGGGCACUCAAACCAUCCAGGACAUCUUGUCCAACUUCACUCUGCGUGCAUUCCUAGAUAACAAGUACGUGAUCCGUCUCCAAGAAGACAGCUACAACUACCUUGUCCGCUACCUCCAAAGUGACAACAACAUUGCCCUGUGCAAAGUCCUCUCGUUACAUAUCCAUCUUGAUGUGCAACCUGCCAAGAGAACAGACUACCAGCUUUAUGCUAGCGGCAGCUCCUCUCAUAGUGAGAGCAGCAGCUUAGAGUCCUCUGACAUGCCCACUCCUCUUCUGCAAAAUGAGGCUGCCCUGGAGAUGCUGCAGGAAAGCAUCAAAAAAGUCAAGGAUGGGCCUCCUUCACUCACCACCAUCUGUUUCUACGCCUUCUACAACACAGAGCAACUGCUGAACACUGCAGAAAUUUCACCAGAUAGUAAACUGCUUGCUGCUGGGUUUGACAACUCCUGUGUAAAACUUUGGAGUUUACGAUCCAAGAAGUUGAAGUCUGAACCCCACCAAGUAGACGUGUCACAUAUCCAUUUGGCUUGUGAUACUCUUGAGGAAGAGGAUGAGGAGGAUGACAGCGCAGGGACAGAGAUGAAGACGCUGCGAGGACAUUGCGGGCCUGUGUAUAGAACCCGGUUCCUAUCAGACAGUGCAGGGCUGCUCUCUUGUUCUGAAGACAUGUCCAUUCGCUAUUGGGACCUUGGAAGCUUCACCAACACUGUGUUGUACCAGGGACAUGCCUACCCUGUGUGGGACCUGGACAUCAGCCCCUAUAGUUUCUACUUCGCCAGCGGCUCCCAUGACCGCACUGCAAGGCUUUGGUCAUUUGACCGGACUUACCCACUAAGAAUAUAUGCAGGACACUUGGCAGACGUAGACUGUGUAAAAUUUCACCCUAAUUCUAACUAUUUAGCCACUGGAUCAACUGACAAGACUGUCAGGCUGUGGAGCACUCAGCAUGGGAACUCUGUGAGACUUUUCACAGGUCAUCGAGGACCUGUGCUUUCUCUUGCAUUUUCUCCCAAUGGUAAGUACUUGGCAUCUGCUGGUGAAGACCAGAGGUUGAAGCUGUGGGACUUGGCAUCUGGAAUGCUUUACAAAGAGUUGAGAGGCCACACAGACAACAUCACUAGCCUUACAUUCAGCCCAGACAGCAGUUUGGUGGCCUCUGCCUCCAUGGAUAACUCUGUCCGAGUCUGGGACAUCAGGAAUGCUUAUUGCAGUGCUCCUACUGAUGGCUCUUCCAGUGAACUUGUGGGCAUCUACACCGGACAGAUGAGUAAUGUGCUAAGUGUGCAGUUUAUGGCCUGUAACCUUCUUUUAGUGACGGGGAUUACACAAGAAAAUCAGGAACAUUAG